AUGGAGGCGCAUGAUAGAUGGGAAAAUAGAAUUAUGCGCCGCGCUAUUAUUGAUCGGGAUAAAGUAGCAGUCGUGGAUUUCAGAGGUAUAAAGUUGGGCUCAUAUCCUUCCCCUGUUGGACUUUCUUUUCUUUCUCUAUCCAAGCCAUCUACAUCCAAGCCAAACACUACUUUCAAGCUUCUUUUCAAGGUUCUUUACCUACCACAUCUAUAUUCAUCAUGUCUCCCUGCACCUGCAACUGCUGCUCCGGCGAGUGCAACUCCUGCUCUUGUGCCAGCUGCAAGCUCACAGGCCUUCACCACCGCCAUCUUCCUCCAAUACAACCCAUACCAGACCCGGGCUCCCACUGCUGUCAAACUAGCUGGGGUGCGGUAUCCUCAUUGUCGAGCUUAUGAGAUAAUUCCAUUGUGA